CUGAUGUUUACACGGGUACGGUGGGGGCUGCUGCUGCUGGGUGGAAUCCUAUGUACUGCUCGGCCACAUACACGCGUGCAACAUACCUCCCAAAAAAAAAACACCUCUCACCAUCCUCCCCCUCAGCCCUCUUCCACGGUGGGAAAAAGUUCGGCUGGAAAAGCCCCUGCCUGUGUGUGUGUGUCUAUGUAUUUUUUUUUUGUUGCUCUCCUCACUGCUGUGGAAAUCUCGUGACUUAUGGGGCCGUGCGGAGCGGUGAGGUGCCGCCUAUAACUCGAAACGUAAGCGAGCGCGCGGCGAGAGCGACGGGCACAGAAAGCUAGUGGAAAUUUUUCGUACCAAUCGAUUUUUCCAUUCCGACGGCGACGCGCGACCUAAUUGUACUUUCCGAAUCUGCCGACGUAAUGUUACAGUAGCGAGGAUUUGUUGUUCUUUUUGCUGUGUGUGUGUGUUAUAUUUCCUCUGUCUGUGGUGCUGCUGAUAGUCUUCAACAAAAAAAGGGAAAGGGAAAGAAAGCAUCCAGUCCCGCGCGUUCGUGUCCCCGUCCCGUUCUGGUGCCCGGGAGAGUAUGGAACCGGAUGCGAACGGUUGUGCUUGGUCGUGCUGUUCACUCCGGGCCGUUAGUGUGGUGCAAUAGGGUUGUCGGCCCGGGGAAGAGAGUGGAAAGGAAAAAAAAACGCCACUGCAGCCGAAAUGCAGUAGUGUGCAUGGUGGUGCAAUAGACAGGAAACCUCAGAAGGGGAACCGCCGCACGAACCCUAUCAACCGGGCCCGGACCGCUUCCGUCUGCCCGCACGCUCAACCGAACGACCGCGUCUAUCAAACGCCCCGUGCGGCGGAACGAUGUACUGCACCAGCAACGAUGGCAGCAAGCAGCCGCUCGGCGAGGUGAAAGCGCCGUCGGCCGCCCACCCCACCAUCAACCAGUACCACCCGCACGACCCGUACGGCGAGCGGGAGUCGGCGGCGGAGCUACACUUCUGGGACGGGGCGGACGGACGGGGGGCGCACCAGAACACGACCCCGGCUAGCACGGUGCUGCACUCGCCCGAGCCGGCCCCGACCGAGCACGAGCCAAAGAUGCGGUUCCAGCAGCGGCACCAGAUCCAGGUCGGCCGCAGUCCGGUCGGCAGCGGAGGGCACAACGGUAGCAGCGACUCGACCACUGCUUCCAGCCCGGUGCUGAUGCCGCACUGCCAUCACGGUCCAUCGCCCGGUGGCGCCCAGCACCAGCACCAUCAGCAGCAGCAGCAGCACGUGUACGGCACGCAAUCGAUCCUGUCGGACGGCGAGAUAGUGGUGUUUGACGACAUCGAGCCGAACUGGCCGACGGGGACAGGUGGCACCGUGAACGGAUCGGACCUGUCGAUGCUGAUGGGUGGUGGUGGUGGUGGUGGCACUACACCCAACAAAGAAACGCACACGGACAGCUGUACGAAAAUACAGACCAUUAUAGGCGGGCUAACGAUUGCCGAGUACGAGGGAUCGCCGCGACGCUUCGGCACGAUCUACUCCAGCAGCUAUGCGGACGGCGGCUCGAUCCGGCCGGGCGGGGCCAGCUUUCCCCGGCCCGGGUUUCCCAAGCGCGUCGAGCCGAGCGCCGCGCCGUACGAUCAGCUCGACGACGGCCGGCCACGGCAGAUCGAGCUCGGCAAGGGCCCGAGCGAGACGAGCUUCUACAACAUCAAGGGCAGCAUGGUGGCCGGCAGCGAGAUGAGCGCAUUUCAACCCGAUACCAAAUAUUACGACCGGCCACAGGCGGGCUCGCUGGAGGAGGACUUUACCAUUCCGGCGGGCGGCACGGGCCGCAAACCGCACAGCUUUGCCCUGUCGCCCGAGAUGGACUACCGGUCCGGGUGUGGCACGGCCGAAUUCGGCACUACCUUCCGACCCGUUAGCUACGGAAGGGUGCAAAAGCCGGGCGGCGGAAACGGCACGGGCGAGGCGAAGGAAAUUCUAAACGAACCGUGCGUCGAGUACGAGGACAUGUGCAAUAGUAUGCCGAUCCUGGAGGAUGGGCUGUCGAGCGGGCACGCAUCCGACUCGGAGGGCAACACCGUCGCCAACAGUUGCGAUCAAGGCGGCGAUCUGAUGGCGAACGGCUCGCUAGGGAUGCAGAGCAUGCGCCACCAGCAGGACCAACAGCAGCAGCAGCAGCACUAUCAUCAUCAUGCGGCGCCAGAUGGACCGAACGGUGCCGGCAUUAGCGACUGUCUGGCGAACGAUAUACGGGACGCGCUGAACGACAUCAAGUCUACGCUGCAGAACACGAAAGCACUGCCGACGGGGGACGAACGGCGGGACAGUGCGGACCAAGGCUGCCGGGGGGAACCGUUCGCCCACUCGUACGGAGACGUUUCGCCCGUGUGGGUGCUCAGGACGCGGGAUGGAUCGCCCGAGCAGGAACACCCGUCCGCCGCGCACCUGACGGACCAGCGGCACGGCAACCAGCCGCCGCCACCCGAUCUGGAGGAGGAAACGGACACCGAUCUGGAGACGGAUCGUUUGCUGGGCCACCAGCAGCAGCAGCAGCAGUCCGGCGGCGGCGAGCCGAGCUACUACGACCAUAAUAACGCCGCGGACGUUGGCGGCGUGGGGAAACCGAAAUCGCCCAAUUCGGCCAUGUUAGCGAAGCUGAAACGGUACCAGACCGCCAUCCGGGCCGACAGUGAAAUCUACGUUCCUAGCGAUAUUACCCUAGAAAAUUUACCGGAAAUUGAAAGCAAAGGAAGGCAUAAAACUCGAGAAGGUCUGCUCGACCCGGCAGUGCUCAUCGAGGGCGUCCUGUUCCGGGCGCGGUACCUCGGCUCAACCCAGCUGGUGUGCGAAGGCCAACCGACGAAAUCGACCCGCAUGAUGCAGGCGGAGGAAGCCGUCUCCCGGAUCAAAGCUUUGGCACCGGCGGGAGAGUCGCAACCGAGCACGGAGGUGGAUUUGUUUAUUUCGACAGAGAAAAUCAUGGUGCUGAACACGGAUCUGAAGGAGAUCAUGAUGGACCACGCGCUCCGGACGAUCUCCUACAUUGCCGACAUCGGCCAGCUGGUGGUGCUGAUGGCCCGGCGCCGCUUCGUCGCGAGCAGCACGGGCCCGACGGACCCGACGACGGACGACGGCGGUACGGUAACGGGCGGCCCGGAAGCGGCGGCACCCGCCGACAGCCCGAAGAAGCGGCCGGCCAACCGGACGCCGAAGAUGAUCUGCCACGUGUUCGAGAGCGAGGAGGCCCAGUUCAUCGCGCAGAGCAUCGGGCAGGCGUUCCAGGUCGCGUACAUGGAGUUCCUGAAGGCGAACGGGAUCGAGGACCACAGCUUCAUGAAGGAGCUCGACUACCAGGAGGUGCUGAACAGCCAGGAGAUCUUCGGCGACGAGCUGGAGAUAUUCGCCAAGAAGGAGCUGCAGAAGGAGGUGGUGGUGCCGAAGGCGAAGGGCGAAAUACUCGGCGUGGUCAUCGUCGAGUCCGGCUGGGGCUCGAUGCUGCCGACGGUCGUGAUCGCGAACCUGGCGUCGGCGGGGGCGGCCGCCCGCUGCGGCCAGCUGAACAUCGGCGACCAGAUCAUCGCGAUCAACGGGCUGAGCCUGGUCGGGCUGCCGCUCUCCACCUGCCAGGGGUACAUCAAGAACACCAAGAACCAGACGGUGGUGAAGUUCACGGUCGUGCCGUGCGCGCCGGUCGUGGAGGUGAAGAUCAGGCGCCCGAACACCAAGUACCAGCUCGGCUUCAGCGUACAGAACGGUGUGAUUUGCAGCCUGCUGCGCGGAGGAAUUGCGGAGCGGGGCGGUGUUCGCGUCGGCCACCGCAUCAUCGAGAUCAACAACCAAAGCGUCGUCGCGGUACCGCACGAAAAGAUUGUGAACCUGCUCGCCACAUCGAUCGGAGAGAUACUGAUGAAAACCAUGCCGACGUCCAUGUUUCGGCUGCUGACGGGACAGGAGAAUCCGAUCUACAUUUAGGCCCACACACACACAAACCCUGGGCGCAGGCCUGCGGGCGAGCAAGGCGCGACCCCGACAGGCCAACGUACCCCCAGACAAGCCGUUAGGAUCAAUUUCGCUGUUACCCUCUCUCCCUUCACUAUUGCUGAUGAUGGCACCUAUUACCUUACUUAAUGGGAGCAACAACAUUGUUAAAACCUUCUUGUUCAUUACAAUAAAGAGACAAAAAGCAACAAACAA